AUGGCUCCAAUUGUUCAUUUCGUUCGCCAUGCUCAGGGCGUCAACAACCUCGGCCCCUCCCACUGGGGCAUAAUCGAUCCCACCCUCACACUCAAAGGCAAAGAACAAAGCCACCACCUACAAUCCAUCUUCCCCCACCACGCCAAUGUAGAAUUAAUCGCAGCAUCACCACUCCGGAGAACAAUCUACACUGCAAUGCAUGCAUUCCGUCCUGCUUUCGACGCAAACCCAGACCGGAAGUUGCUUCUGCUGCCGGAUUUACAGGAGUAUAGUGGGUUUUCGUGCGAUAUUGGAAGUGAGGUGGGUGUUUUGGGAGAGGAGAUGAGGGAGAAUGGGGUUCCGGUUGAUAUGGGGCUUUUGGGGGAGGGGUGGGAGAAGAAGACUGGUCGGUAUGAGCCGACGACAGAGACGAUAAGUGCACGAUGUCGUGAUGUUCGAUGUUGGUUGAAGGAUCGGCCAGAGAAGGAAAUCGUCCUUGUUACGCAUGGUGGCUUGUUGCAUUACUUAACGGAAGAUUGGGAGGAUGCAUGCAAGGGAACAGGUACCGGCUGGACAAACACUGAGUAUCGAAGCUACGUCUUCACAGAUGACGUAUAUGAUGAUCUAGCGGGAACGGAUUUUGGGGGUAGAAAUGCGACUCUCGUUGAGACGGGUGAAUCAAGGGCACGGAGGGGGCUGAAGGAAACACCUCCAAGUAGAGAGGAGCAAAAGGAGUUGUAUAAACUGGGACGAAAAGGGUGGGAGGCCCAGGGGUUGUAUCUGAGUCCGAGUGAGAUGGCUGAGAAGACGGGCGUGAAGGUGACGGAGAAGUAG